CGUGAAGUCGGUGCGCCAUCUCACUUCCCCACUUUCCAUCCAUCGACAAUGCGGCUGUGUCACGUACUAAUCGCAGCGGAGGUUACACUGCUCGCCGGUAGCAAUGGCGUAGCUGGUACUGUGGAUUGCCCCGAAACUCCAGGGUCGCCUUCCUCUUCGUGGUUCCCGUCGUUCUCGUUUAAUGAUUGGAACACGGGGGUAUCGCAGAACAACGAAACUCCUGGAUUAGCGUACGGUUCGUGGCCCUCGUGGUUCUCUUUCAAUGGCUGGAACACGGGAUCACAACACACCAACGGAGCUCCUGGAACGGGGUGGUUCCCGUGGUUUUCUUUUGAUAACUUCUCUCCUGGCUCUCCUGGUGUUGACACCAGUGGCUCUAGCACUGAACAGCAGACACCGCAGAUACCGGCUGCCCAACCGACCGGCGCACCGGAACUGCCAGCCGCAUCAACGACUGACGCCCCGGAGAUUCCUGCUGAUCCGACGACUGAUAUUUCCGAGACGCCUGUUGCUCAGACGACCGAUGUUCCUGAGACUCCAGCCGUGUACCCAACCAGUGCACCGGAGACACCGGACGUGCCGCUGACCAAUGCGCCGGAGACGCCGGCUGUGCAGCCUACAAGAGCUCCAGCGACACCACAGACACCCCAAGCACCUGCGACGACAGAUUCGCCGGAGGUCGCCGACACUCCGCCGCCCGAUACCGAUGCCUCGGCUCCUGCUACACCUUCGGCUGCCUCAAACUCCAGUACCACGUCGUCGGACAACUCCAAGCUCUGCGCCAAGCCACGGGUACAGAUCACGAAGGUCGACGUCGGCGUGGCCGUCGACGCCAACGAAGACGAGCGUCAUCGUACAGGAGCUCGACGCCAACGACAAGCUCGUGAGCGGCAGCACCGUCAAGGUCCCGCUCCACGACUUUGCCGACAUCUACGCUGA